AUGGAAGCACAAAGUGUAGAGCGUUUGAUGACCCCGGAAAUGAGAAACAAGGGAACCAUAGAGUUACUGUACAGAGCGUUGGAGAAAGGGGAGGCAUCGACGGUGGAGAAACUGGUGGCGAGGGACGUGGAAUGGUGGUUCCAUGGACCGCACCAUUGCCAACACAUGAUGAGGCUGCUAACAGGGGAAGCACCGAGGCAGGUGCCGUUCAGGUUUGAGCCAAGCAGCGUGGAAGCAGUGGUGGCUGGUCAUGGGUGCGUGAUCGCAGAAGGAUGGGAGGGUUCGAACGUGUAUUGGGUCCACGUGUGGAAGUUGAAAGAGGGAGUGGUGACAGAGCUUAGGGAGUAUUUCAACACGUGGCUAACUGUGACGGACUACAGUCUGGGGCCAAUAGGAUGGGACAUGGGGCGUUGUACGGUCUGGGAGAGCGUGCCGAGAGACCUGGCUCCUGGUUCCUUGCCCAGCUUGCUUUUAGCUAUUUAA